AUUGGUGGAGGCGAGAAGUUUAAACCGAGUUAGGGCCGCACUUGUCUUGCUCCUCUUUGGAGUUUGCGAAUUUGUGGCGUUUGUUUCAUUUUUUUUCUGGCGUGUCAGCUACUAGAAACGAAAGGGAGGGAAUUCGCUCUCACGACCUCCACAGCCGCCCCCGAGGAGACGCGGUCGGGUUCCCAGCUCCGGAGUAGCCAGGUGGGAGCGGCGCCAGAAUUUCCGGGGGGCGUCGCGAAGCUGCCAUGGCGACCCGGCGUGUGGGGCGAAGCUGGGAGGUGAGCCCCACCGAGCGGAGGCCGUCGGCCAGGCCGCGGGGCUCAGCGGCCGAGGAGGCGGUAGCUUCCCCGCCGGUCCUGUCUCUCAGCCACUUCUGCAGGUCGCCUUUCCUCUGCUUCGGGGAUGUGCGCCUCGGAGCCUCGCGGACGCUGCCUCUGGCUCUGGACAACCCUAACGAGGAGGUGGCUGAAGUGAAGAUCUCCCACUUCCCAGCCGCGGAGCAGGGCUUCAGCAUCUCGCCGCGAUCCUUUGAGCUGCAGCCUAAAGAAAAAAUUACUAUUUCUGUUAACUGGACACCAUUAAAAGAAGGCCGAGUAAGAGAGAUUGUGACCUUUCUUGUGAAUGAUGUUCUGAAACACCAAGCUAUAUUGCUAGGAAAUGCAGAAGAGCAGAAAAAGAAAAAGAGGAGUCUUUGGGACACAAUUAAUAAGAAGAAAGUGUCAGCCUCUUCGAGUAAUAAGGGGAUUUCCUAUAUUCAAAAUGUUAAUAAAACAUUUUGUGUUUCCCAAAAAGUUGACAGAGUUCGGAGCCCACUACAAGCUUGUGAAAAUUUGGCCAUGAAAGAAGGCUGUUUCCUAACAGAAAACAAUUCUUUAAACCUUGAAGAAAAUAAAAUACCAAUUUCUCCUAUUAGUCCCAUUUUCAAAGAAUACCAUGGUGAGACUUCCUUGCCUCUUUCCGUACGUCGGUCUACUACAUACACAUCUCUUCAUGCCUGUGAAAACGGGGAAUUGUUGAAAGUAGAAGGUGCCAAUGGUUCGGAAGAUUUUAAUUUUAAUGAGAAAGUUAUAAGUGAAACUUCUUUUAACUCCGUAAAUAAUAUGAGUGGCCAAAUUGAAGAGAAUAGUAAACUUAUUCUUACCCCAACCUGUUCUUCAACUUGGAACAUCACACAAAGCCAAGGAAAUUUUCUAAGUCCAGAUUCCUUUGUAAAUAAUAGCCACGCAGCUAAUAAUGAACUAGAGGUAGCAACAUGUCUUUCAUCAGAUACAUUUAUGAAAGAUAAUUCAAAGCCUGUGCAUUUGGAAUCAAAAACUGUACCUGAAACUUACCGGACAAUUUUAAGCCCAGAUUCUUUCAUAAAUGAUAAUUAUGGAUUAAAUCAGGAUCUAGAAUCAGAGUCAAUUAACACAAUUCUGUCUCCAAAUCAGUUUGUAAAAGAUAAUAUGGCAUAUAUAUGUAUAUCUCAGCAAACAUGUAAAUUAUCAUCAUUAUCAAAUAAAAAUUCUCAGGUCUCACAGUCUCCUCAAGAUCAGAGAACAAAUGGAGUUUUACCUUGUGUUCGUGAAGGUCAGGGUUCACAGUCUCCCAAAGCUAUUUUUGAAGAACCCAAAGCUUUAGAAAUGAAGUCAGAUUGCUACAGUGUUACAAAAAGUCAGCCUAAAUUUUCUGCAAUUCAGAAUAGUUCUAGUUAUAACCAUGAUAAACUUACAAGACGCCCAAUACUUUCUGCCACUGUUACUAAAAGCAAACUCGCUCACAGCAGAGAAAACCAAACUGAGACUAAUAAACCGAAGGCAAAAAGAUGCCUCAACAGUGUCCCAGGUGAAUUUGAAAAAGUAACAGAUAAUCAAAAAGAGAAAAGUGGUUUUCAGUCUUGUCUUCCAGUUAUAGAUCCUGUGUUCAGUAGAUCUAGCAGUUGUAAAAAUACGAUUGCUCCUUCCUCAAAGACUGCUUUAGUUGCCCGUAAAAGAAAGAGUGAGGGAAACAAGGAAGAUGCACAUGUGAGAGUUACAGUUACAGAACAUACAGAAGUACAAGAAAUCAAAAGAAUCCAUUUUUCUCCUGUGGAAUCUAAAACGUCAACUGUUAAAAAAACAAAAAAGAUGGUAACACCCAUCUCCACACGUAUUAGCAACAGAGAGAAAUCAAACCUGAAGAAGAAAACUGAUUCGUCAGUAUAUAGAACUCCUAGUUCUAAAGCAAACAAAAGGACAAAACCCAUUAUUGCUGUGGCACAGUCUACUCUGACCUUCAUAAAACCAUUAAAAACAGAUAUUCCCAGACACCCAAUGCCGUUUGCUGCACAGAACAUGUUUUAUGACGAACGCUGGAAGGAAAAGCAGGAGCAGGGCUUCACUUGGUGGCUGAAUUUUAUAUUAACUCCUGAUGACUUCACUGUAAAAACAAACAUUUCUGAAGUAAAUGCUGCUGCUUUUCUCUUGGGAGUGGAGAGUCAGCAUAAAAUCAGUGUUCCUAGAGCUCCUACAAAAGAUGAGAUGUCUCUCAGAGCUUACACUGCUCGGUGCAGGCUGAAUCGAUUACGUCGUGCAGCGUGUCGUUUAUUUACUUCUGAAAAAAUGGUCAAAGCUAUUAAGAGGCUUGAAAUUGAAAUUGAAGCUAGGCGGUUGAUUGUUCGAAAAGAUAGACACCUCUGGAAAGAUGUGGGAGAAAGGCAGAAAGUCCUGAAUUGGCUGUUAUCAUAUAAUCCUUUGUGGCUACGAAUUGGCCUAGAGACAAUUUAUGGAGAACUCAUAUCUUUGGAAGAUAACAGUGAUGUCACAGGGUUGGCUGUGUUCAUUCUGAAUCGCUUACUCUGGAAUCCCGAUGUAGCCGCGGAGUAUAGACACCCCAGUGUUCCUCACCUGUAUAGAGAGGGUCAUGAAGAAGCUUUGUCUAAAUUUACAUUGAAAAAGUUAUUGUUGUUGGUUUGUUUCCUUGAUUAUGCCAAAAUCUCCAGACUUAUCGAUCAUGAUCCUUGUCUUUUCUGGAAAGAUGCUGAAUUCAAGACUAGCAAAGAAAUUCUUCUGGCUUUUUCACGAGACUUCCUAAGUGGUGAAGGUGACCUUUCCCGUCACCUUAGCUUUUUGGGAUUACCUGUUAACCAUGUUCAGACACCAUUUGAUGAAUUUGAUUUUGCUGUUACAAAUCUUGCCGUAGACUUGCAAUGUGGAGUGCGUCUUGUGCGAAUCAUGGAACUUCUCACACGGGACUGGAAUCUCUCAAAGAGACUCAGGAUUCCUGCAAUAAGUCGUCUUCAGAAGAUGCACAACGUCGACAUUGUUCUUCAAAUUCUUAGAUCACGAGGAAUUCAAUUAAAUGAUGACCAUGGAAAUGCGAUCCUAUCUAAAGAUAUUGUGGAUAGACACAGAGAAAAAACUCUUGCAUUACUUUGGAAAAUAGCAUUUGCUUUUCAGGUGGAUAUUUCCCUUAACUUAGAUCAGUUAAAAAAAGAAAUUGACUUUUUAAAACACACACUGAGUCUCAAGAAAACAAUGUCUGCACUAUCACGCCAUUCUGAUGCUAUUACCAGUAAGAAAAAAGACAAAAGGAAUAGUGGUUCUUUUGAACAAUAUAGUGAAAGCAUAAAGCUGUUGAUGGACUGGGUAAAUGCUGUUUGUGCUUUCUAUAAUAAAAAAGUGGAGAAUUUUACAGUGUCUUUCUCAGAUGGGCGUGUGUUAUGUUACCUGAUCCAUCACUACCAUCCUUACUAUGUGCCUUUUGAUGCUAUAUGUCAGCGUACUACUCAAACCGUAGAAUGCACACAGACUGGUUCGGUAGUGUUAAAUUCAUCAACUGAAUCUGAUGGAAGUUCUCUGGAUUUGUCUCUUAAAGCAUUUGACCAUGUGGAAAACACUUCAGAACUAUACAAAGAACUUCUAGAAAAUGAGAAGAAAAAUUUUCAGUUGGUGAGGUGUGCAGUUAGAGACCUUGGGGGAAUACCUGCUAUGAUUCAUCAUUCUGAUAUGUCCAAUACGAUUCCUGAUGAAAAGGUGGUUAUUACCUAUUUGUCAUUUCUUUGUGCAAGGCUUUUGGAUCUUUGUAAAGAAACAAGAGCUGCUCGACUUAUACAGACAACUUGGAGAAAAUACAAACUAAAAACAGACCUAAAACGCCAUCAGGAGAGAGACAAAGCUGCAAGAAUUAUUCAAUCAGCUGUAAUCAGUUUUCUAUCUAAACGACGAUUGAAAAGGGAGGUUAAUGCAGCACUGGCCAUUCAGAAACAUUGGCGAAGACUCUUAGCACAGAGAAAACUAUUAAUGUUAAAAAAAGAAAAACUAGAAAAAGUUCAAAAUAAGUCAGCAUCAGUUAUUCAGAGGUAUUGGAGAAGAUACUCCACUAGAAGACAGUUUCUGAAAUUGAAAUAUUAUACAAUCAUCCUGCAGUCUAGGAUAAGAAUGAUAAUGGCAGUUACUUCUUACAAACGAUGUCUUUGGGCUACAGUUACAAUUCAGAGACGUUGGCGUGCUUAUUUAAGAAGAAAACAUGAUCAACAGAGAUAUGAGAUGCUAAAAUCAUCAUCUCUUGUAAUCCAAACUAUGUUCAGAAAAUGGAAGCAACAUAAAAGGCGAUUACAAAUAAUAGCUACAAUAAUAUUGCAAAGAGCUUUUAGAGAAUGGCAUGUCAGGAAACGAGCUAAAGAAGAAAAAUCUGCUGUUGUCAUACAGUCAUGGUAUAGAAUGCACAAAGAAUUACGGAAGUAUAGUCACCUUAGGUCUUGUGUUGUUAUCAUUCAGACAAGGUUUCGGUGCCUUCAAGCCCAAAAGUUAUAUAAAAGAAGAAGAGAGGCUGUACUAACUAUCCAAAAGUAUUACAAAGCAUAUCUGAAAGGAAAGACUGAGCGCACCAACUAUUUGCAGAAACGGGCUGCAGCCAUUCGACUCCAGGCUGCUUUCAGAGGGAUGAAAGCUCGAAAUUUACACAGACAAAUUAGAGCCGCUCGUGUUUUUCAGUCAUACUGGAGAAUGAGACAAGACAGAUUGCGAUUUCUAAACCUUAAGAAAAUUACUAUCAAAUUGCAGGCACAAGUAAGAAAACACCAACAAUUACAGAAAUAUAAGAAGAUGAGGAAAGCUGCCCUUGUAAUUCAGAUUCAUCUUCAAGCUUACAUUUUAGCCAAGAGAACGCUAACAUCUUACCAGAAAACCCGUUCUGCUGUCAUUGUUCUACAGUCUGCAUACAGAGGGAUGCAAGCCAGGAAAAAGUUUAUUCACAUCCUCACAUCCAUUGUAAAAAUUCAGUCACAUUUUAGAGCUUAUAUUUCCAGAAAAAAAUUUCUGAGACUAAAAUAUGCUACAGUAAAGUUACAGUCAGUUGUCAAGAUGAAACAGACUCGCCAACGGUACUUACAUUUGAGAGCAGCCACGCUAUUUAUCCAGCAGUGGUACCGGUCCGUAAAAAUGGCUACACUAAAGAGAGAGGAAUACAUCCAGAUGCGGGAGUCUUGUAUCAAACUGCAGGCUUUCGUGAGGGGUCACCUGGUUCGAAAGCAGGUGAGGUUACAAAGAAAAGCUGCUCUUUCACUACAAUCUUAUUUCAGGAUGAGAAAGACGCGGCAGCACUACCUGGGAAUUUAUAAAGCGACUGUUGUCAUUCAGAAUCACUAUCGUGCUUACAAAGCACAGGUCAGUCAGAGGAGGAACUUCUUGCAAGUCAAAAAGGCAGUUACUUGUUUGCAGGCCGCCUACAGAGGUUAUACAGUGCGCCAGCUAAUCAAACAACAAUCUAAAGCUGCUCUUAAAAUCCAAACUGCAUUUAGAGGCUAUAGUAAAAGGAAAAAAUAUCAGUAUGUGCUUCAGUCUACUAUCAAGAUUCAGAGAUGGUACAGGACACAUAGGAAUGUUCGUGAUAGAAGAAUGCAGCUUUUAAAGACAAAGGCAGCUGUGAUUUCUCUCCAGUCUGCUUAUCGUGGCUGGAAAGUUCGAAAGCAGAUCAGAAGGGAACUUCAAGCUGCAGUGAGGAUUCAGUCUGCGUUUAGAAUGGCCAAAACCCGGAGACAGUUCAGAUUGUUAAAAACAGCAGCGUUAGUCAUCCAGCAACACCUGAGAGCGUGGACUGCAGGGAAGAAGCAACGGAGGGAAUACGCUGACCUCCGGAAUGCAGCACUGACGCUUCAGUCUACGUGGAAGGGGAGAACAGUGAGAAGGCAGAUUCGAAAGCAGCACAAGUGUGCUGUCACCAUACAGUCCUACUAUAGAAUGCAUGUGCAACAAAAGAAGUGGGAAGUCAUGAAAAAAGCUGCUCGUCUGAUUCAAAUGUAUUACAGGGCUUACAGGAUUGGAAGGAGACAGCGUCAGCUGUAUUUGAAAACCAAAGCGGCCACAGUCAUUUUACAGUCCGCUUACCGAAGUAUGAGAGUAAGAAAAAAAAUGAAGGAGUACAACAAAGCAGCAGUUGCUAUACAGUCUACAUACAGAGCUUACAAAGCCAAAAAAGACUAUGCGGCCUACAGAGCAUCUGCUGUUAUAAUUCAGAGGUGGUAUCAGAAUAUUAAAAUUGCAAACCAUCAACGUAAGGAGUAUCUCAAUUUAAAGAAGACAGCAGUUAAGAUUCAAGCUGUUUAUAGAGGGGUUCGAGUAAGAAGACACAUUCAACACAUGCACACGGCAGCCACUUUCAUUAAAGCCAUGUUUAAAAUGCAUCAAGCAAAAAUAAGAUACCACAAAAUGAGAAAAGCAGCUGUCCUCAUUCAGGUAAGAUACAGAGCAUAUUGUCAAGGUAAAAUUCAGCGUGCAAAGUACUUGGCAAUCUUGAAAGCUAUCACUGUGCUUCAGGCAAGUUUUAGAGGAGGAAGAGUUAGACGAACUCUCAGAAGGAUGCAGAACGCAGCAAUACUCAUUCAGUCCUAUUACAGAAGAUACAGACAGCAGACCUAUUUUAAUAAGUUAAAGAAAGUAACACAAGCAGUACAGCAGAGGUACCGGGCAGUGAAGGAAAGGAACGUACAAUUUCAAAGGUAUAACACACUAAGGCGUUCUGCCAUAUGCAUUCAGGCUGGUUUUAGGGGGAUGAAAGCUAGAAGACAUUUAAAAACGAGGCAUUUAGCUGCAACUCUAAUUCAGAGGAGAUUUAGAACUCUGAAGAUGAGAAGAAGAUUUCUAUCUCUCAGGAAAACUGCUCUUUGGGUUCAGAGAAAAUAUCGUGCAACUGUUUGUGCAAAGCAUUGCUUACAACACUUCCUACAGUUACAAAAGGCGGUCGUUACACUCCAGUCGUCAUGCAGAGGAUGGCUGGUAAGGAAGAAGAUGCAGGAGAUGCACAGAGCUGCCACAGUCAUCCAAGCAGCUUUCAGAAUGCACAGAGCACGUGUGAGAUACCAGGCCGUGAGACACGCCUCAGUCAUAGUCCAGCAGCGGUACCAAGCAAAUAGGACCGCCAAACUGCAGAGACAUCAUUAUCUCCAACAAAGACAUUCUGCCCUGAUCCUUCAGGCUGCAUUUAGGGGUAGGAAAGCCAGAAGGCAUUUGAAAAGGAUGUGUUCCUCUGCAAUCCUGAUUCAGAGCAGGUUAAGAGGUUUGGUGAUAAGGAGACAAUUCAUUUCCCUCAAAAAAGCUACUGUUUUUGUGCAGAGGAAAUACCGGGCCACCAUGUGUGCCAGGUAUCACGUGCAUCAAUUCUUGAAAGUUCAAAAGGCAGUCAUUACAAUCCAGUCAUCUUACCGAAGACUGAUGGCACAGAAGAAGGUUCAGGCGAUGCACAGGGCUGCAGUUCUCAUCCAGGCCACUUACAGAAUGCAUAGGACCUAUGUUGCCUUUCAGACUUGGAAACAUGCCUCGAUUAUAAUUCAGCAACGCUACCGAACAUACAGAGCUGCACAACUGCAAAGACAAAAUUAUGUCCGACAAAGACAUUCUGCUUUGGUCAUUCAGGCUGCAUAUAAGGGCAUGAAAGCAAGGCAGCUCUUAAGAGAAAAACACAGAGCUGCUAUCAUAAUACAAAGCACAUAUCGAAUGUAUAGGCAGUAUCAUUUUUACCAAAAGGUUCAGUGGGCCACAGAAGUAAUCCAGAAAAACUAUAGAGCAAAGAAAAGGAAAGCACUUCAACAUGAUGCACUCAGGAAAGCAGCAGCCUGUGUUCAGGCAGAUUUCCAGGACACCAUCAUAAGGAAACAGAUUCAAGAGCAGCAUCAGGCUGCCACUGUUCUUCAGAAGCAUCUUAAGGCCUCCAAAGUCAGGAAGCGUUAUCUCCACUUCAGAGCAACAGUAGUCUUUGUUCAGAAGAGGUACAGAGCACUAAGUGCAGUGCGUACCCGAGCGGUCAUUUGUAUACAGUCUUCCUAUAGAGGGUUUAAGGUACGAAAGGAAAUCCAACGUAUGCACCUGGCAGCCUCCCUAAUUCAGGCCCUCUACCGAAUGCACAGGGCCAGACUUGAUUAUCAGGCAAAGAAAACUGCCGUUGUUCUUAUACAGUGUCAUUAUAGGUCAUAUGUCAGGGGAAAAACGGAAAGAAACCAUUUCUUAGUACUUCAGAAAUCUGUGCGAAUUAUUCAAGCUGCUUUUAGAGGCAUGAAAGUUAGACAGAAAUGGAAAAACCUAUCUGAGGCAAAGAUGGCAGCCAUUGAUGGGCAGUCUGCAUUCGGCUGUGACAGAACUGAAACUCCAUGUGAAGCUGUUCAGAACUCAGCACUUACGAUUCAGAAGUGGCAUGGAGCUCCUCUGGUUGCUUGUUCACAGGAGGCAGAGUGUCAUUCCCAGAGCAAGGCUGCAGUAACAAUUCUAAAAGCUUUUCAUGGAACAGCCACAGAAAAGUUGGAAACGCAGAAGCACGCUGCCCUCCGAAUCCAGGCCUUCCUUCAGAUGGCUGUGUGUCGGAGAAGGUUUCUCCACCAGAAGAGAGCUGCAGUAACUCUACAGCGGUACUUCAGGACGUGGCAAGCCAGACGGCAGUUUUUAUUGUAUAGGAAAGCAGCAUCGGUUUUACAAAGUCACCACAGAGGCUUUUUGUCUGCGAAACCUCAGCAAGAAGUAUAUUUACACAUUACAAGCAAUGUUAUCAUUAUUCAAGCUAGAACAAGAGGAUUUAUACAGAAACGAAAGUUUCAGAAAAUUAAAAAUAACACCAUAAAAAUUCAGGCUGCGUGGAGGAGGUAUAAAGCCAGGAAGUAUUUAUGUAAAGUGAAAGCUGCUUGCAAGAUUCAAGCCUGGUAUAGGUCUUGGAAAGCACGUAAAGAAUAUCUAGCUAUACUAAAAGCUGUUAAAGUCAUUCAAGGUUGUUUCUAUACCAAACUGGAGAGAACACGGUUUUUGAAUAUGAGAGCAUCAACAAUUAUCAUUCAGAGAAAAUGGAGAGCUACACUUUCUGGAAGAAUAGCUCAUGAGCACUUCUUAAUGAUAAAAAGACAUCGAGCUGCUUGUUUGAUUCAAGCGAAUUUUAGAAGAUGCAAAGGCAGGCAGGCCUUCCUUCGGCAGAAGUCUGCCGCUCUGACCAUACAGAGAUACAUACGAGCCAGGAAGGCUGGGAAAUGUGAACAGAUAAAAUAUGUCGAAUUAAGAAAAUCUGCAGUUGUUCUACAAGCACUAGUGCGCGGUUGGUUAGUGAGAAAAAGAAUUUCAGAGCAGAGAACCAAAAUUAGGCUUCUUCACUUUACAGCAGCUGCAUAUUAUCACCUGUCUGCUCUUAGAAUUCAAAGAGCAUAUAAACUUCACGUGGUUAUGAAGAAUGCUAAAAAGCAGGUUAAUUCAGUCAUCUGUAUUCAGAGAUGGUUUCGAAUAAGAUUACAGCAAAAGAAGUUUGCUCAGAAAUAUGAAAGCAUCAUAAAAAGUCAGCAGGAACUUCAAAAACGAAUGAGCCAGCAAAACAGAGCUGCGUCAGUAAUACAGAAAGCAGUACGCCAUUUUCUCCUCCGUAAGAAGCAGGAAAAAUUCAAUAAUGGAAUCACUAAGAUUCAGGCAUUAUGGAGAGGAUACUCGUGGAGGAAGAAAAAUGAUGGCACAAAAAUUAAAGCUAUACGACUAAGUCUUCAACUUGUUAAUAAGGAGAUUCGAGAAGAAAACAAACUCUACAAAAGAACUGCACUUGCACUUCAUUAUCUUUUGACCUAUAAGCACCUUUCUGCUAUUCUUGAGGCGCUAAAGCAUCUAGAGGUGGUCACUAGGUUGUCUCCACUUUGUUGUGAGAACAUGGCCCAGAGUGGAGCAGUUUCUAAAAUAUUUGUUUUGAUCCGAAGUUGCAAUCGUAGUGUUCCAUGCAUGGAGGUCAUCAGAUACGCUGUACAAGUCUUGCUUAAUGUCGCUAAGUAUGAGAAAACCACUGCAGCAGUUUACAGUGUAGACAACUGCGUAGACACACUCCUGGACCUUCUACAGAUGUACCGAGAAAAGCCCGGGGACAAAGUUGCAGACAAGGGUGGGAGCAUUUUUACAAAAACUUGCUGUUUGUUAGCUAUUCUAUUGAAGACAACAAAUCGAGCCUCUGAUGUUCGAAGUAGGUCCAAAGUUGUUGACCGUAUUUAUAGCCUCUACAAACUUACAGCUCGUAAACAUAAAAUGAACACUGAAAGAAUACUUCAUAACCAAAAGAAGAAUUCUUCUAUAAGUACUCCAUUUAUUCCAGAAACACCUGUAAGAACCAAAAUAGUUUCAAGACUUAAACCAGUUUGGGUUUUGAGAAGAGAUAACAUGGAAGAAAUUACAAAUCCCCUACAGGCUAUUCAAAUGGUGAUGGACACGCUUGGCAUUCCUUACUAGUAAAUGUAAACACUUUCAGUAUGUACAGUAAGAAGAACGAUUAAAGCUAAUCAUGAAUGUGUAAA